ACGGACACAGCAGUACGGCGGAAGGUGUCGCUUGUAUGACUGUCGCCAUUUAUAUGUAGCGUUCUGCGAAAUGUUUAUCUCGACUAUUUAAAAUAAGAGGCGUAUCGUCGAUAGUUUGAUAGUUUUUUAAGACGCUGUACAUCUUGUCGAAUUGUCAGUCUUGUGGUGAAAACUAACAAACAAACAAAGCUGUCGGUAUAAAUAGCUAGCAUUACGGUUAGCAUUAACUUAGCCCAUUAGCAUUUUUAGCUAGCUGCAGCUUAGGUUUGAAGAAAGCUCCACUUGUGGUGACUAGUUUAACUAAUUAUCGUGUAUAUUUUGAGUAAGAAGAUUUUCAGAGUUCAGUUUUCUGAAUUUUUGUUGAGCUGAGGAACAGAGUCAGUGUUGCUAGCAUAACUAGCCUUCUCCAACACGCCCCUUCAGCUCUGCACAGACACCAAACAUUCUGCUUUUCCACAAAGACUCGUCCAUUUUAUGUUGCUUUUUUGUUUUUAUUGAGGAUAACAUUUGGACACUGAUUUGGCUGUGAAGCUGGCGACACUGCACAUCUCCGACUGAGCAAAUUAUUUGUCUCCCACCCUCGUGGUGCGAGCAAUCUCGACCUCGUUUUUCAAGCCGAGCUCGUGCACAGAGCUGCUGCUUAUCCGUCAGUGAUGUCUGAAGGAGAAGCAAAACAAGCUCCUGCUCCGACCUCCACCAUGGAGACGAAGUCCGAGGCGGUCGCCACUGCGGCCGCCGGUCAAGGCGUCUCGUCGGUGUCUCCCCCGGUGUCCACGGUAACGCAGCCUCCACCAGCACCUACAACAGCGACCGAAGAUGAAGAAGAAGAGAGCGAGGACGAGUCGGAGAUCCUGGAAGAGAGCCCGUGUGGACGCUGGCAGAAACGCAGAGAGGAGGUCAACCAACGAAAUGUUCCAGGCAUUGACAACGCCUACCUGGCCAUGGACACAGAGGAGGGUGUGGAGGUGGUGUGGAAUGAGGUCAUGUUCUCCGAAAGGAAGAACUUCAAACUGCAGGAGGAGAAAGUGAAGGCGGUUUUCGAUAACCUGAUUCAGCUGGAGCAUUUGAAUAUCGUGAAGUUUCACAAGUACUGGGCUGACGUGAAGGAGAACAGAGCCAGGGUUAUUUUUAUAACAGAGUACAUGUCCUCAGGGAGUCUGAAGCAGUUUCUGAAGAAGACAAAGAAAAAUCACAAGACUAUGAAUGAAAAGGCAUGGAAACGGUGGUGUACGCAGAUAUUAUCUGCUUUAAGUUAUCUGCAUUCAUGUGAAUCCCCCAUCAUCCAUGGGAACCUGACGUGUGACACCAUCUUCAUACAGCACAACGGCCUCAUCAAGAUCGGCUCAGUUGCUCCAGACACCAUAAAUAAUCACGUUAAAACGUGUCGUGAGGAACAGAAGUGUUUGCAUUUCUUUGCACCAGAAUAUGGAGCUGUCGCUAACGUCACCACAGCCGUGGACAUUUAUUCCUUUGGGAUGUGCGCCUUAGAGAUGGCUGUGCUGGAGAUUAGUAACGGAGAGUCGUCAUAUGUGUCACCUGAAGCCAUUAACAAUGCCAUCCAGAGUUUGGAGGACCCCCUGCAGAGAGAGUUUAUUCAGAAGUGUCUGGAGGUGGACCCCAGUAAGAGGCCCACUGCGAGAGAGCUGCUUUUCCACCAGGCUCUGUUUGAGGUGCCUCAACUGAAGCUCCUAGCAGCACACUGCAUCGUCAGCCACCAGCACAUGAUCCCUGAAAAUGCUUUAGAGGAAAUGACUAAGAACAUGGACCCCAAUCGGGUGAUCAUGGAGAGGAAGGAAGUGCAGUAUAAGUUGUCCCAGUUUCCAGCACUGGAACUUGACAAGUUCCUAGAAGACGUGAGGAAUGGGAUCUAUCCGUUGACGGCGUUUGGCAUGCCCUGGCCACAACAGCCCCAGCAAGAGACAGUGAAGUCUCCCAUUGUCCCACCCUCUGUGAAAACACCCACACCAGAACCUGCAGAACUCGAGACCAGGAAGGUGCUUCAGAUGCACUGCAAUAUUGAGCCUGUGGAGGAAGGAGCAAAACAUCACUUGACUUUACUGCUAAAGCUGGAAGAUAAGCUGAAUAGACAUUUGAGUUGUGAUUUGGCACCGAAUGAGAAUGUGCAGGAGCUGGCGGUGGAGCUGGUCCAGCUCGGCUUCAUCAGCGAGGGUGAUCAGCUGCGUCUCACCACCGUGCUGGAGGAGGCCUUCUCGAAGUUCUACAGCCGUAACGGGUCUCUGAAUCCUGUUACUGUUUCCUCGUAGCAGAGGGGCGGAGACGGAGGCCUCUGUUCUCCGCCAUUCCUCAUCCUCACACACGGGACAGGACUCUAGCACUUGAUCACGUGAAGGACUGGGUGGAAGCAGGUUUUUUUUGUUUUUUUCUCCCCCACAGGGAAUGGAUCAGGAGACCUCAACCGGCGCUCGCACGACGAUUCCUGCGUUUCUGUUGUUCUUCACACUGCUUUAGAUGGCAGAAACUGUUGCCUAACGUCUGUGUACAUUUAUUUCUGUGUAGCCAUCUGCUUCUCUGAGAAACAACGGUUAUUGUUCAAGUCAGUAUUACAAGCUGUGUUCUUUUUAUUUUAAUUUUUUUGUUUAUUAUUAUUAUUAUUACUUACAGUAACUAUAUGGGAAGUGUCAUGGUUUAGGGUUGUUUUUUUUUUCUUUUUUAAUUAAAAUUUUUUUUUUCGUUGGUUUAUGAUGAGAACAAGCCCUCUAUGGUGUUUUUAGAAGCACGUUAUGCAUGCAUAUGAUUUGGUCUUGCGUCCCGCUCUUUAAGCAAGAAUGAACCCAUCGUUUACCACUUUAACAAGUUCUCAUGACACACCAUGUGACCUGAAGGUUAUCCCCCCCCCCCCCGAGCUUUUAAAGGCGCAAUGAUUUAAGUUUUUUUCUUUAACUGUAUCUUUUUAUUUAAAAAGGUCAUCAAGCAAAAGCAUCACUGAGCCACCGUUUAGCACCUCCUAUUCAUCGGAGGAGAAAUUUCAAAUUUUUUUUUAUUUUUUCCUUUGUAACCCUGUGGUAGAUGUAUCCCAAAGGUACGAUUAGGUGUUUAUUCUGUUACAAGCGGCUCUUUGUGCGUUAACACGUGGUUCUCAAUUCCAGGCGCUUGAAAGAAAAAAUCUUAAUUAGAGCAUCUUUACUAUGAUUAUAAUUAACUGUGGUUAAAUGCGAAAUUCACUGAAGCCAAUACUGUGAAAAGGAGGGGAGGUCAGUGUUUUUUAUUUUUUUUUUGGGGGGGGGGCUAGCAGAUUAUUUAUCAUUUCCAUUAUAUACAUAAGGAAUUAAGAAAUGUUUCAUGCUCAGCAUUUUAGCAACUGUUUGUGAAUGUAUUAAUUUUUCAUUCGCUGUGUAUUUUUGCCAGAGAGUUGUUUUGUUUUGCACGUGUGGGGUAAGGGAUAAAGGCACUCAGUUUUGAAAGGUUUUUCCCCGCUAUUUGUACUCAUCUACAAAUUAUGAUUUGUUAAAAUGUGCCUUCUACAGAUGAAAAGUUGAUUCCAGUUUGAAAAGGCAGGCAUUCAGCACCUUUCCACUGCAGCGCUCGUUUUCUGGUCGCCGAUACGUUGCUAGUUACGUGCUUUGGACAUGCGUGUCGAUCAGUCGAGGAAGGAUUGAAGGGAUUGGUAUGAAGAUGUAAGUGCAUGGAAUGUUUCUCUGUGGUUUCUGGUGUUGAGGUAAAGGAGAGGUCCAGCUUGCUGCUGGUUUGCACACUUGUAAAGCAUUUUUCUCUCUGUGUCCACCCCACACACACACACUGUAUAAUAAAACACUUGGGUUGUGAUUGUGUUGGGCUUCUGAACAACAUUCGCAGUAAAAACGUCAACACAGUUCAAAUACAAGGAUGUGAUUUAAAAGCUGUUCUUCAUAUUGUCACAUCCUUUUUUCGCUUUUUAGUGUUAUCAAAUUCCACAACCUUUGAUCGAUUGGUCAGUCAAUCAGUCGAUCAAGUGCGAUUGUUAUGGCAUUAAUCAUUAAUCUCGUAAACCAGAGGUGUGACCUUGCGGAGUUUUUGAUCAGCCGGAAUAUAACACGUCUCGCUUUUUAUUAUUCUACAGCGUACUAAUCUCCCAAGGAAUCUUUUCAGAAAAUUAAAUAAAAAAGCACCCAGAAAAAAGGAGCACCUUUUGUUCAGAAGCACAUCACAUUCCUGUGUGCUGUACACACUGACCAGAAAUCUAAAAAAAAAAAUGUCGACUUUUGAGCUUCUGUCUUUCUCGGAACAAUAGUCAGUCAUCAUUUUAUCUCUUACACGGAAAAACAAACAGCGGUAACUGCUUUUACAACCCAGUUCUCUUUCUGUAUCUUUUCCAAAACAAAAAAAACAAGUUGCAUCAUUUCUUGAUUAUAAAGCUCACACUUCUUCAA